AUGGAGAAGGAGAAGGACCAGCACGAACAAGUGGGGGAGGAGGCGGAGGAGGAGGAGGAGGAGGAGGAGGAGGAGGAGGAGGAGGAGGAGGAGGAGGAGGAGGAGGAGGAGGAGGAGGAGGAGGAGGAGGAGGAGGAGGAAGCAAAAGGGGAUAAGGAAGAACAGGAGGAGGUGGGAAACAAGGAGGAGGAAGAGGAACAGCCACAGCAGCAGAACGUGAAGCAACAGCAGAAACGGCAGCAGCAGCAACAGCAGCAGCAGCAGCAGCAGCAGCAGCAGCAGCAGCAGCAGCAAGAGCAGGAGCAGGAGCAAGGGGAAUAUGUAAAGGAGAAGGAUAAGGAGGACGAAAAACAGGAUCAAGAGAAGCAGGUGUUGGAGAAGCAGAGGAAGCAGCAGCGAGAUGCGGUGGCAGUGGGAAUAGUUGGCAUGAUCAAGAACCUCGCUGUAGCUGCUGCAAGCCUGCUUCCAGCCCACCAGCAGAACAGUGCACUCCUUCCCCUGCUCCCCCUGCUGCCGAACCUGCAAGCUUCACCGACUCUUCCAAGGCAGGGUCGGCCAAGCCAAGCUUUGCCAAGCCAGGGUGUGAUGGUUGAAGCAAGUAAGGAAGGUUCAGGUCCGAUGGCUCAGGGACAAGCAGGCGAGAACGAGGAGAUGAGGGGCGAGGAAAAUGAGCGAGGAAGGGAAAGCAUGGAUAUUAAAAAAGAAGAGGAAGAGGAAGGAGGGGAUGAGGGGGGGAAUGAUGAUGAUGACGAUGCCGAGGCGGAGAGUCUCAAGGAUAAAGAAGAAGAGGAAGGCGACAGAGAAAGGGAAGGCAAAGACGAAGGAGAAGAUGAAGAAGAAGAGGAAGGCGAAGGCAAAGUGGAAGGGGAAGGAGAAGAGGAAGGUGAAGGAGAAGAGGAAGGUGAAGGAGAAGAGGAAGGUGAAGGAGAAGAGGAAGGUGAAGGAGAAGAGGACGGCGAAAGAGAAAAUGAAAGCGAAGGGGAAGAGGACGGCAAAAGGGAAGAGGAAGAAGGAGAGGAAGAGGAAGGAGAAGAGGAAGAGGAAGAGGAAGAGGGGGAAGAAGAGGAAGAGGAAGAGGAAGAGGAGGAGGAAGAGGAAGAGGCAGAGGAGAGAGACGAGGAAGAGGAAGAGGAUGCAAAGGAGGAGCAGGAUAGGGUGCAGGAGAGGGAACGACUGCAAGGGGGAUUACGAGGAGCCAAAGAGGUGCAAUCAUGGUCCGAGUUCCCAAGAACAGGCCAUUCGAGAGCCAAGGAGCGACUCAAUGCUCCCCAGACAAGGCUUCACAGUGGCGAGUCUGCUGACGUGGGAAGCUUGGCAUGGGAAACUGGGCAGAAGCGCAAGCAUCGCGAUGUGGAGCAGUGUGGCGGGGUGCAGCACAGCGCGGAGCAGUGUGACGGUGAGCAACGUGGCGGGGAGCAGUGGGAUGGGGGGCAGUGGGACGGGGAGGUGACUCCUCGCAGGCACAAGAAGCUGAAGCGGCUAUUGCUACAGGCAGCGCUGCAAGAAAGCAUGCCCCAGGAAGGGGCAGAGGUACAGGGAGGAGUGGCAGCAACAGCAGCAGAGGUGCUCUCCUCCUCCACGGCCAUCACCUGCCCCGAGAAAGGCUGCCAGCACAACGAGCAGCACCCGCGCUUCCGCCCGCUCAAGUCCCUGGCAUCGCUCCACACCCACCACCUCCGUGUGCACGGCAACAAGCCCUUCACGUGCUCCCUGUGCCAGGUCAAGUCGUUUGGCCUUCAGUCUGACCUGCGGGGACAUGAGAAGCAGUGCGGUGUAAAGCGGUGGCACUGCUCCUGCGGGAACUCCUUCAGCAGAAAGGACAAGCUAGCCAACCACCUCAACACGUUCACGGACCACUCCCCUCUCUACAACCUCCAGCCAGUUGCCAUCCCGAUUCAGCCCAAGCAGAAGCUGCAGCAGCGGAAGCAGCUUGCAGUUCAGACGAAGCAGCUACAGGAGCAGACGAAACAGCUAGAGGCGCAGACAAAUAAGCUAGAGGAGCAGACGAAGCAGCUAGAGGCGCCACAAAGUGGCAGCCUCAUGAACAUUGAAGUCAUGAGGCAAGCUCUGGCGAGUCACCUGGUGCGCUCUGCGAGCUAUGCUUCCGAGAGGAAUCAUACUUGGGGCCAAAACGCUGAGGAGAGAAAUGCUUUGGAGAACAAUGGCUCACAGGGGAGCGAGGCUAGGAGUGGGUACGUGUCGUUGCUGCUGCAGGAGGCCCUAGGAUCGGACCUAGAGAGCCCCUUGCAAAGAGAGGGCUUCGAGUGGGGUCACCAGUCUCAUCCUUCUCAGCUGGCUCAGCACACCCAGCAGACUUGGCAGAUGCAGCAGGGACAGCAGACCCAGCAUCCCUCCACGUGCCUCUCCAGUCCCUCCACGUGCCUCUCUAGUCCCUCCACGUGCCUCUCCACUCCCUCCACGUGCCUCUCUAGUCCCUCCACGUGCCUCUCCAGUACCUCCACGUGCCUCUCUAGUCCCUCCACGUGCCUCUCUAGUCCCUCCACGUGCCUCUCCAGUCCCUCCAAGUGCCUCUCUAGUCCCUUCACGUGCCUCUCCAGUCCCUACAUUCGCCUCUCCAGUCCCCCCAGUGCUCCCUCCUAUCCUUCACCCAGUUGCCCCCUCGGUUAUCCAUCCCAAUGA